AUGAGCCGGGAAAUGGAAACUGGCAGGAUAUGCCCGGAAAAGCGCCCUAUCGACGACGACAUCGGGCGGAAACAUGGAAAGACCAUUAAACCGACCACCUCCUCAGUUGGAAGUCGGAGCUGCUGCAGAACGGACAAGAAAAUGACAGACCACAAGUGGAUGCACUUUAGCAACGGCGUCGUGCCGCCGAACGCCGUGGUGGCUGGCCACGAUUCCGACGGGGACACCAUCUUCGUGGGCCGCGCCUUCUUCCACAACGACAUGCUGCCGGCGAAGGUGAUCCCGAACAAGGGCAAGGCCUACGUGGCGUAUGCGCGCGAGGAGCACGAGCUGGAGAACUACGAGGUCCUCUCCGGCUACAACUACGAGUGGCUGCCGGCGGAGAACGGCGAGGUGCCGCCGGGCGCCGUCAAAGUGGGUCGCAAUGUCGACGGGGAGUACUUGUACGCGGGCCGAGGCUAUCAUGCCGGCAGCCUGACCGUGGGCAAGGUGCAUCCCUCCCACGGCUGCCUGUACAUCCCCUACGAUUCGGAUGAGGUCAAGAUCUUCAGCUACGAGGUGCUCAGUCAGCCGGAGCGUUGGAUCGACACGACGGCCACGAAUAUCCCAGACGGCGCUUUGCUGGCGGGCCACGAUUCCAACGGGGAUACCAUCUAUGUGGGCAGGGUCUUCCGGAACGGGGACCUGCUGCCCGCCAAGGUGGUGCCCGCGAAGGGCAAGGCCUAUGCCGCCUACGCCCAGGCGGAGCACGAGCUCACCGAUGUCCAGGUGCUCACCGGAUCCGGCUUCCGUUGGGUCCCCGCCUCCCAUGGCAACGUGGCCCCCGGCGCCCUGUCCUCCGGACCGAAUGUCGACGGGGAGGCCCUCUAUGUGGGCCGGGCCAUCUACUGCGACAGCCUGAGCGUGGGCAAGAUCCAUCCCUCGCACGGCUGCAUCUACAUCCCCUUCGGCGGCGAGGAGGUGCGUCUGGAGAACUACGAGGUUCUGGUGAGGAUUUAGGGGUCCUAUAGCUGUACUUUCCUUUUUUUUCAAUUUUUUGUAUCCCAGAAUAAAAACUUUUUUUAAAUUAAAACAAAAAUGCUUCUAAACGGAAUAUUAAUAACUAUUUAUUUGAAUAAUUAUAUAGAGAAGAUCUAAGGGGGCCUUUAGUUGUACUUCCUUUUUUUUUAAUUUUUUGUAUCCCAGAA